AUAUAUACCAAACUGUGGGAAAACUCAAACAAGAAGCAAACAGCCACGAGAAGGCAAAAAAAAAAAAAAAAAAAACCCAGCAAAAACUCUGAAGAAAAGUUCGUUGCUUUCUGCUUCACUGCGAAGAUGAACGGUGGUCCAUCUGGUUUCACAAAUGCUCCCGUCACAAGGGCCUUCAUCAUCGCUUCGGCGCUUUUCACAAUCUUCUUUGGGAUCCAAGGCCGUUUCGGCACUCUGGGGUUGUCGUAUCAGGAUAUUUUUGGAAAGAUUCGCCUUUGGAAGUUGAUCAUGUCCAUAUUUUCCUUCUCGUCAACACCAGAGUUGAUGUUUGGACUGUAUCUUCUAUAUUACUUCAGGGUCUUUGAGCGACAGAUAGGUUCCAAUAAAUACUCAGUCUUUAUCGUGUUCUCCAUAUUAACUUCACUACUGCUUGAGGUCCUUGCUGUAGCACUUUUAAAAGAUCCUACAGCAAACCUAGUCACUCCUGGACCAUAUGGCCUUAUAUUUGCUUCAUUUGUACCCUUUUUCUUUGACAUUCCAGUUUCAACACGGUUUCGUGUGUUUAGCUUCCUCUUCUCAGACAAGUCAUUCAUAUAUCUAGCUGGUCUUCAGCUUCUUUUGUCAUCAUGGAAAAGGUCUAUCUUACCGGGGAUGUGUGGCAUCCUUGCUGGUUCCUUGUACCGUUUGAAUGUCUUUUACAUUCGCAAAGCAAAGUUCCCAGAGAUGAUCUCAUCAUUAUUUUCAAGAAUUUCGUUGCCAUCUAUGGGGAGUCCACGUGCACCAUCAUCAGCAAGGAAUGUUGUCAGGAAUUUACCUUCCUAUCCAACUCACCAAAUGGAGAGAAACUACCCUGCUCCAAUGCAAGCUGCAGUAGAGCCAACGGAGGACUCGAUCACUACCCUUGUCUCUAUGGGCUUUGACAGGAAUUCUGCCAGACAAGCCCUAGUGCAGGCCAGAAAUGAUGUCAAUGUGGCCACCAACAUCCUACUGGAGGCACAGUCGCACUAAUUCCAUAAAUGUAGCGCAUAAAUGAGAGCCGGAUUGUUCUGAAUUGAUAGAUGGAAUCCUAAUCAAUGAAGGAUUAGAAAUUCACUAAUCAUGAUGUGAGGAUGUUUGUGAACUUCAGGCAUUCCUAUAUAGUAUCAUCCUCAAGGACUCCUGCUUUCUGAGGAUCAUUUUUCCCACCUUAACUUGAAUCUUUAGAUAAAAUAUCUUGAGUACUGGCAUUGAUAGACAAAUGAGUUAGGAUCCUGUACAAAAUACUUGCAACAUAUGGAAAAUUAUGCACAUUUUUAUGAAGUGUGAAUCAGAUAUUUGUAGUUGCAGGUUCUUCUGUGCCACCCACAAACUAAAUUAAAAAUCAUAUUGCAAAUUGUUGAGGUUAA